GAGCUGUAGGAGGCUCUGGUUGAAUGAGUUCGGCUAUCAAAUAGUGGAGGGAGGCACUGAGGGUCUGUGCUGCUUGUUGUUCACCCAGUUUUGAUCCCUAAACAGCAAGACGACGUGGUCACUCAUAUUGUGUCAGAGGACAGCGAGGCUUCAUCACUGUGGACAUGGCUUAAGGGAUGCGAUCUGAAGAAUCUUCCCAGCAUGCACGUGUUGGACAUCAGCUGGUUCACUGACAGCAUGAGAGAGGGGAGACCUGUUGCUGUGGAGACCAGACAUCUCAUUCAGGACACCUUGCCCACUUUGCCAGAAGGUUCUACACCCACUCCUGUGGCCACAGUUUCUCAAUACGCCUGUCAGAGACGGACAACCACCGAAAACAAUAACAAGAUUUUGACAGAUGCGUUUGAAGUUUUGGCAGAGAGCUAUGAAUUCAGUGAGAUUGAGGGUCCAUGCCUGGCCUUCAGGAGAGCCGCGUCUGUCCUGAAGAGUCUGCCCUGUGAGGUGCGGUGUCUGGAAGACACUCAGGAUCUGCCCUGCCUGGGGGAACAUACUAAGGCAGUCAUAGAGGAAAUCCUUCAAUAUGGCCGUUCGUUUGAAGUUGAGAAAAUGCUCUCGGAUGAAAGGUAUCAAACACUGAAGCUGUUCACAAGUGUGUUUGGGGUUGGACCUAAGACGGCUGAGAGGUGGUACCGCAGAGGGCUGCGCUCAUUCAGCGACAUUCUGUCAGAGCCCAGCAUUCAACUAAACCAGAUGCAACAAACUGGUUUUCUGCAUUAUGAAGACAUCUCCAGGGCUGUCAGUAAAGCAGAGGCCCGAGCCCUGGGGAACAUUAUUGACGAAGCUGUCCAUACGAUCACAUCGGACGCCAUACUAGCACUGACAGGUGGCUUUCGCAGGGGGAAGGAGUUUGGUCAUGAUGUAGACUUUAUCGUGACCACACCAGAGCUGGGCAGGGAGAAGAGUCUAUUACCGGACAUUAUUGAUGAACUGAAAGAGCAAGGCAUUUUGCUCUAUUGUGACUACCAGGCUUCGACCUUUGAUAUCGCCAAGCUUCCCGGCUACAGGUUUGAGGCUAUGGACCACUUUGCAAAGUGCUUCCUGAUCCUGAGACUUGAGGGAAGCAAAGUAGAGGGAGGUCUCAACAGUGCCGAGGAGGACAACAGGAGCUGGAGGGCAGUGCGCGUGGACUUGGUGUCACCACCCAUGGAUCGUUACGCUUUCGCUCUCCUUGGCUGGACCGGCUCCAGGCAGUUUGAGAGAGACCUGAGGAGGUAUGCUCGAUUAGAACGGCGGAUGCUUUUGGACAACCAUACCCUGUACGACAAAACCAAGAAAGAGUUCCUGGCAGCUACGACUGAAAGGGACAUCUUUGCCCAUCUGGGGCUCGAGUACAUUGAGCCUUGGCAAAGAAAUGCGUAGGCCUCCGCUACCCCCUGGCUGGAUGACACCCUCUGCGUACAUCAGUGUUUAUCCCAUCUGCUUGUCGUUCGCUCUCCUGUGAUUCACAUUCAAACAGCUUUUGAUUACCUUACACUUUUGUGUUGAUGUUGCCAUUAUUGUUGUUGUUGUUGUUGUCUGGAUUACAUACUGCUGUAUGAUUCAUAAUACUACGUAUUCACUAUUGUCUGUUAGCAAGUAAACACCCUCCUUAACCAUUCACGGUUUGCCUGUCUGUAAAUGUUGUAAUCAUAGGCAGGACACAAAGACAAAUCAGUCAGAGUACGCAUUGCAUGAGGGUGCUUGCGAGGUGCAGGAGAGAGAGUGAGAGUCUGAAAGAAACACAGAGGGAAGCAAAAGAGGGAAGG